AUGUGGUUUAGUGGCCGGGCUGACAGUGUGGCCGACUCGCUUGUGAAAUACUCUGCUGCAAACUACCUCGACAUGAACGGGUCAGAUAGUGUUUACGGCCAACCACGAUGGAGACCCCAGCCCCGGGCUUAUCGCGAAGAGCUUGGGCCAGGCUGUGAUGGUAAAAUUACAACAGCGCUAGAUCAGAAGGCCCAAAGAUAUGUAUAA